UUUGUGCAGAGGAAUUAUCGACUUUAUGUAUUGCUAUUGCUUAUGGCAACUGUUUACUUCGUCUACAUAUUUGCCUUCUCAUGCCAAAAGAUUCAACAUAAGUACGCUGGCAAUGGCAUGGGAUUGAUUGGUUUGGUAAAAGAUUGUCCUGAGACAUUGGCAUUGACAUGUUUCAGUUUUGCUGCUGCGAUUUUUGUUGGGGGAUUGACUAGUUACCAUGUGUAUCUGAUUGCUACAAAUCAGACAGCUUAUGAGAAUUUUAGGCAGCUGUACGGAAGCACUAAAAAUCCCUUUGACAAAGGAGUUGUGAAUAAUAUUAAGGAGAUUUUACUUUCACCUUGGACGCCUUCAAGGAUCAAUUUUCGUUCAGAAAUAUGUAGCUUUGAUCAUUUGGAACAUGUCACAGAACCUUGA